AUGGCGACGAUGCGAGCCCACGCGACGUUCCGCCCCGCUUCCGCGCGCCAUCGAGCCCCCGCGAGCGGAUCUAAACCCCGGGCGGCGUCGACGGCGUCGUCGAGAACAUCCCGCGCGAACGCCCCGCGUCGCGCCCGCCGCCUCCUUUUCGGCGCUCUCGCGCCCGACGCCGAGGCUGUCGCGGGGGACGGGCGCGAGGAGGAACGCGACGAUGCGACGCCCCUCGACAACGUGUGCUUCGUCCUCUGCCGUCCACAGGGACCCCAGAACAUCGGCGGCAUCGCGCGCGUCAUGCAGAACUUCGGCGUCACCGACCUCCGCAUCGUCGCCCCGGAGCCCGGCGCGCUCGCCCCGCCGUUCGACGCCGCCGACGAGUACGACCGAGCCAUCCAUCCCCCGGAAGUGCGCGCGCGCGCGCCGCUCAGCGACGAGGCGCACAAGUUCGCGGUCCACGCGGACUGGCUCCUACGCGACGCGAGGCGAUGCGCCACCGCGGACGAGGCCCUCGCCGACGUAGCCUUCGUCGCGGCGACGACGGCGCGACCCAGAGAGAAUCUGUCAAUCGCGGACGUCCGAGCCGCGUCCGAGGUUCUGCGACGUCACGCGGCGAACGGAACCAAGGUGGCGGUCGUGUUCGGCAACGAGGCGACGGGGUUGACGAACGACGAGCUGGCGCGCGCGAACCUGGGCGUCAUGAUCGCCACGUCAGCCGCCACGUCAUCCCCCGCAUCGUCGCGUAAGAGAUACACGGGCGCCAAGGGCGCGACCAGCCUCAACCUGUCCAUGGCCGUCGGCGUCGUGGCGUACGAGCUGUUCCAGGCGAUGGGCGAGGGCGAGGUGUCGGGGUUCGGAUCGAGGCUCAUGACCGUGGACGAGCGCGCGAGGCUCGCGGAUGAACUCGCGGGGGCCAGACGAAGCCUCGACGUGUUGCGACGACGACACGGGUCAGCCACGGCUUCGGCUUCGGCUUCGGCUUCGCCUGAUAGUAGUGCCACGGGGGAUUCGAUCGGGGACGGGGUCGGGGUCGACGAAGACACGACGACGAGCGAGGAGGACAGGCUGCUCGACGAGAAGGAGGCGAGGGCCAUCGCGAGGGUGCUCAACGCGGGCCCCAUCGCGACAAAAGACGCGGCUGUGCUGUUCCAGCUGGCGAGGCGAACGAGGAGCGUCGAGCCGUACAGCGGCGUGGACGAGGCCGUCGUGGACGCGGCGACGGAUCUGUUCGCGCGCGCCGCGGCGGCUGGGAAGCCCCGGCCGGGGAACAAGACGGUGCUGAACCACGUGCGCGAGACGCUGGGGUUGAGUCUGACGACGAGGGAGCUGGAGCGGGUAGUGACGGCGGCGGGUGCCGUGGACCAGGCGGAGGAGCGCCUCAACAGACGCAGCGAGGGAGAGUUUCUGUGA